UCAGUUAACGCCCCUUUAACACAAAUAAAGUCACAGGUUAUAUGACUGUGCAUUUUUUGCCCCUCCAAAUAAAAGAAGAAAGUCACCUACUGGGAUAGAGAGCUGGUCCUGUCAAUUACAUUUGAAAAUGGCGAUUGAGAACGUGCUCCCGGCCAACUUUGGCUAUGCGAUCUUUACAUAUCUGUACAGUUUUGGCAUGUUGUCGUAUCUCGCGAUCAAAGUUGGUGGUGCAAGGAAGACGUAUAACAUAAUGUAUCCCACCAUGUACAGCGAUAAGGAGCCAGUGUUCAACUGUAUCCAGAGAGCCCAUCAGAACACACUGGAGGUGUAUCCACAAUGGCUGGUCUUCCAGACCAUUGCUGCAUUAGAGUAUCCUAUUGCUGCCUCUGUGUUAGGGGUUAUCUGGGUGACAAGUAGACUCUCUUAUGCCUGGGGUUACUCCACUGGCGAUCCUAAAAAGAGGAUGCAGGGUGCAUAUGGAUACAUCGGACUGUUUGGAGUCAUUCUGCUCUCCAUCUCUGUGGCUCUCAAGCUGCUUGGAGUCCUUUAAGGGAAACCUGACACAUAAUGCAGCCUUUAAACUUUCCUUUUCAUUAAAAAAAUUGUACUUUCUUUUUUUAAUUACAUUUGUUCUGUUGUGUACUUUGACAUAUAGUUGAAUAUGGAAUCACAUUUUUAAUUAGCUGUUUGUAGACCUUUAUAUACAUAUUCUGUGCUGUAUUUCUUGGACCAUUUUGAAAUAUGAAUAAAUUCAGACAUAUUAAUAAUUAAAUGAA